GGCUAAAGAGGUGAGUUAGGGGUCCCUUGCGCAAGUCAGACUCGCGAUUUGUCCCGGGCCAUUUCUUGCCAUGGGCAACUGCGGCUGCUUCAGCUUCCUGAAGGAGAGUUGCCUUCGCCGCCGCAAGACAAACCGAAACUGCCUGACUUGGCAGGUUCCAGCCCGCCGAAAGAGCCACGGGAUGCAUCGGGCAAGGGCACGGAGGAGCCCAGCGAGGCGGAGGCAGAGGGGCCAGGAGAGACGAUUUUUCGCAGUGGCAGCCCGGCAAGCAUGGCGUCGCAGACAUCUCGCCCAAUCAGGACGGGCGGCUGCUGAUCCGGGAGCCCCCGAAGUUGCCGAAGGACGCGGCGGCGGUGCCGGACGGCGCCGAGGAGUCUGCCUCAACCUGGAGAUCCUGGCGGGCGGCAAGCGGAUGAUGCGCUGCGAGGCCCUCCGCACCUCUGCGGGCAGCGGGGACUUGAACCUACCGGAGGAGCUGGAGCUUGCGAUCCCGUGCUUGAAGCCCGGGGGCGUCUUCACGGCUCUUUGUCGGCCCUUCGGUCUGGGCGAGCUCCCCGCCACGGGGCUCUGGCAGAGUUUGGUGGCCUGUUAUGGCAAGGAGGCGGUGCUGAAGCUGGAGCUGCUGGAGGUCCAAGACCUAUGUCUCGCUACGCUGGAGGGCCACGAGCGCCUGGACUACGCCAAAGGGCGCAAAGAGGCGGCAGGCCGCUUCUUCAAGCGACAGCGCUUCGAGGCGGCCUUGGAAAGGUACUCCCUGGCGGCGGAGAUGCUCACGCAGAGGGACGACAUCAAGGACAACGCGCUGUACUCCCAGGCGCAAGAGGUGAAGUCCCUGUGCGAGCUCAAUGCCGCCGCGUGCCUCCUCAAGCUGGAGAAGUGGCGCGAUGCGGAGGCUGUGUGCAAUGCCAUCCUGAGAGCCAACCCCGCCAAUGAGAAGGCGCUCUUCCGGCGCGGCAAGGCGCUGCUGGCGCUGGGGGACUCGGCGCGGGCGUCGGCGGACCUGCGGAAGGUGCUGGAGGUGAAUCCCAACAACUCGGAGGCCAAGCAGUUGCUGCAGCAGGCCAAGAAAGAGAGCAAAGGCACUGCGCGGGAGCGGAACGUCUACGCGAAGAUGCUGCAGUCGGACUAAUCGGAGAUGUUAUGCGCUUGAUCGCCGACACGACGUGAGGCAGAAGUUGCGCCCCUUUCAAUUUUCCAACCGGCCAAGACGGCAAAGACUCCAGCGAGAGG